AUGGGUGCCGGGCCAUUGAUCCCAGGCUUGACAGUUGCCAGUAUACUCUCUCUCGGUAUCGCUGCAGUCCUGGUAUACAUAGUCCGCCCCCUUCUGUUCUCCCCCCUUUCAAAGAUUCCUACUGCCCAUCCGACGUCUCGUUUCUGCUGGCUCUGGAUCUAUUAUAUUCGAUGGGCUGGUCUCGAGAAUACCACUCUCUACCAUCUCCACCAAGCGAAAGGGCCGAUCCUCCGGCUAGGCCCCAAUGAAUUGAGUAUCAACUGCUACGAUGAAGGGGUCAAGACGAUCUAUAUCGGUGGAUUCGACAAGCCGGAGGCAGCUAACAUGGUCAGCAUGAUGCACAGCAAGGAGCAUUCUGUCCGCCGGCGGAUGUUUGCAAACGUGUUCUCCAAGUCGAAGAUAUUUUCAUGUCCUUCCUUGAGGGCAUCGGCAACGACAAUAAUAUUCGAGCGACUUCUGCCUGUGUUUUCUUCAGCAGCCAAGGCCGGCCGACCAGUCGAGAUCCACUCCCUCACAUGCGCAUAUGCGCUGGACCUCCUGCAAGCCUACCAAUUCGGAAUGUCGCUAGGGAGUGACUUUCUCCGGAAUCGCCAGACGCGAGAGUGGCACCUGAGUCAGUACUUCGCUCGCAUCCCGCAUCUCUUCUGGAUCAGCGAGUUUCCAACGCUGGUAUCCGUCUCGGGAUGGCUUGGCAUGGGCAUUGUGCCUCAACAUGUCACCGCUGCGAGGACAGGACUGGAAGCCUGGUUUCUCAACAAGUGUGACGCGGCCGAGCGGCUGAUGGCCACGGAGCUAGAGCUCCGCGUUGAGGAUAUCCCGAUCGUGUAUGUGCAAGGGCGCCGGGCAUUCGCGAAAGCGGAUCAGGAGUUUGACGAAGGAGAAAGACUGCCAGCCGGCGCAAACCAGCCGCAGUCGGCCUCUCACCGUCUGGAGAUUGCAAGCGACAUGCUUGACUUCAACGCGGCCACCCUCGAGACCAGCGGCGAUGCCCUCGUCUACAUCUACUACGAGCUCUCCCGCCAUCGGGAUAUGCAGGAGCGACUUCGGCAGGAGCUCCACACUCUCUCGCCAUCGAUGAGCUGCGACCCGUCGGAUCAGACGUGUGCCUCACAGCCUCCGGCUCUCCCGGAUCCCAAAGAUGUGGACGAGUUGCCGCUCCUGGAUGCCAUCAUCCAGGAGACGCUGCGUCUCUACCCGGCCGCGGAAGGGGGCCAGCCUCGCGUGACCCCAUCACCGCCCUGCAGCCUGGCCGGCUUCGAGAACAUACCGCCGGGCGUGCGCGUGCAGUCGUCAGCCUACUCCCUCCACCGCAACCCGGACGUGUUUCCCGAGCCGGAGGCGUGGCGACCGGCCCGGUGGCUGGACGCCAGCCCGGCGCAGCGGGUCGAGAUGAAGCGCUGGUUCUGGGCCUUCGGGAGCGGGAGUCGGAUGUGCAUCGGCAAUCACCUUGCCAGAUACUCGAUCAAGUAUGCCGUCGCGGCCAUCUAUUCCAAUUUCACGAGCGGGCUCGAGAAGAAGGAUUUCGCGUCUCCGGUUGUAAAGGCUGAUGGCUCCGCUGUUGGAGAAAGGCAUAAUUUGUAUCUCAGGUUUCGUCGCGUCGAUCACGACUGUGAAUCUAUGAAUUGA